AUGUCUGGAGACCUCGUUGCGUGGGCUGUGCCCCAACUGUCGAGCCUCCUUCCGCUCGACGAAGAAUCGCUCACGCAGAUCAUCACCUACACCGCCGGACUCUCCAAAGAAGAGAGCGCAGAGCACUUGAGAAACCUCUUGGGUGAUUCCCCCGUGGUUCUCGAAUUCGUCUCAUCCUUCAAUUCGCGCCGACGCGGCGGCAACGAUGCCAAUGCCAGCAGACCUUCCCCGCAGUCCGGUACAUCGACGCCGCGAACAGACAACGACGACGAUGCUAGACGGCCAGAAAAGAGCCAGGGCAAGAAGUCCAAACGGAACAAGGCGCCUCUACAUAGUACGGGGCCCCCGCGGAGACCGGAUAAUUACGGCGAUGUAUCUGGAGCAUACAAAAAGGCGGAUCAAGAGACAGACUACAUGGCCAGGUCUUCCAAAUCAAAUACAAAUAUAAAUACGCCAUCGCUGUCCACAAAACCAGCUGCGUUUUUGUACCCAAAGACGACAAACUCACCGUCACCGUAUGCGUCUUCGGCAGCGAGUUCACGAAACCCGUCCCCGGGUCCAAAAUCUAGCUCCAAGGCUCCCCCAUCGGCUGCAGGUCCGUUGAUAUCAGAUUAUCUGCCUAAUGUGAAAUCAAAGACAGCCAAGCCCUCACGGCAUGCUGGACCAUCAUCUGGUGGUGCUGGGUCUGGACAUUCAACACCUGGAAAGGGGUCUGUGACGACGACGAAUAUCGCCGACCUGACUUCAGCCAUCGCGGCACUUGAGGUGUCUACGAAUCCUACGUUCUCAAAAAACAAGCAAACGUGCAACUGCGAUGCAUUGUUGCACCCACUAUUUACGCCCGCUCCAAAUUGCCUCAAUUGUGGAAAGAUUAUUUGCUCGUUAGAAGGUCUCCAGCCAUGCUCAUUCUGCGGCGCGGCAAUUUUGUCCAACGAGGAAAUACAGAGCAUGAUCAAGGAGCUGCGCGCUGAGCGGGGACAGGAGAAGAUGAGGGUGCAUAAUGAGGGAGUCCAUCAUACUGGUGGGCCCGGCGCUUCCGGGUCUUCUGCGUCUCCUAGCAAGCUGGACGCUGCAAUGGCCCAUCGCGACAAGCUUCUUUCUUUCCAGGCGCACAACGCGCAGCGAACCCGUGUAGUGGAUGAAGCGGCAGACUUUGAGACUCCAAAUGUAGGCUCAACGCAAUGGAUGAGCCCUGCGCAGCGCGCGCUGGCAUUGAAGAAACAGCAGAGGAUACUCCGCGAGCUGGAGGAAAAGGCCAAACCAGAGUGGGAGAAGAAAAAGACGAUCAUGAGUCUAGAUAUCAAAGGUGGCCGGGUCGUGCGGACUUAUCAGGCUGCGCCAUCAAGCGCACCAAGGGAAGAUACUGCUGCCGAAGAAGCAGCAGCAGACGAGCUAGUAGCUGCGGGCUCUGAAAACAGCAGGGGUAGCAGUGGAGCAGCAUUCAGCAAGAAUCCAUUGCUUGCCAGUGGAGGUCUUGUGCGACCGAUCUGGAAGAGCAGCGUGGACGAUCAGCCCAGCGACAAGAGCAGCCAUAGAGAGGCCAAGCAGACCUGGCGGCGCACGCGUAACAUUCUCCUCACGCGCUUACCGCCGGCUAGCUGCGGCCACCACCACCCGUCAUCCAUGCUGCUGGAACACCUGACGUCGCUGCGGUUUGCAGCGGGCGUUGCUCUGGGCUCGCUUGCUGUUUUGCUCACCGGCUAUGUCGCAUACAACCGCUUCUUCCACCCAUUGCGGCGCAUUCCAGGCCCGUUCCUCGAAUCAAUCACGCCGUGGGUGCAGCUCUACCAUGCACUCAAGGGCGACCGCCAUCUGUGGCUGCACGACCUGCACAGGCAGUACGGAUCGUAUGUGCGUGUGGCUCCCAAUUUCGUCUCUUUCAACACGGCCCAGAGCCUGCAUGACAUUUACGGCCACGGCAAGCGGCUGAAGAAGUCGGAUUUCUACAACGGCUUCACCGCCAUCAAGGGCGUCUACAAUACCCACAAUGCCAUUGACAAGACGAUGCACGGCAAGAAACGCCGUGUGCUGAGCCACGCCUUCUCGGACAAUGCGCUCAAGGGCAUGGAAGACGUGGUGCUGAUCCACAUCCGCCAGCUUUGCGCGGUCCUCGGCGAAGAGGCUGAUAGUAGCCGGAACAUUAUCCUAGAGAACGAAUACAAGACAGAAAAGGGUCUUGUCGUGCGCAACAUGAGCAAUUGGCUGAGCUUCAUGACCUACGAUGUCUUGGGCGAGCUGUGCUUUGGAAAAAGCUUUGAUAUGUUGAUUGACAGCGCCAAGCGCCGGAUGGUGCAUUUGGUCGACAGUGCUGCAUACCGGCAUUACGUGUGCGGACUGUGGAUGCCCCUUGACCGAUGGGGCCUCGACAAGAUCUUUAUCCGAAAGCUGACAAUGGAGCGGUGGAAUUUCAUCAUGAACUCGCGGGUCGAAGCAACCAAACGCGCCAAGGAGCGAGUCGAGGCCGGCCAUGGCGCCAAAAAGGACUUUUUCUACUACUUGCUCAACGCAAAGGACCCGGAAACGGGCGAGGGCCUGUCGAUGAAGGAGCUGUGGGGUGAAUCCAACGUGCUCAUGAUCGCAGGCAGCGACACCACCUCGACCAGUCUGGCGGCGACUCUAUUCUACCUGGUGCGCAACCCCAGGGUGCUGGAGACUCUGAAGAAAGAAGUGCGUGCCGCGUACACGGACGUGGAAGAGAUUAUCAGCGGAGCGCAGCUGAACAGCCUGGACUACCUCAAAGCAUGUACGGACGAAGCCAUGCGCCUGGCCCCCGCUGUGCCUGGAGCCAUUCCGCGCGAAGCCAUGGAGGGCGGCGCCCACGUCGACGGCGUUUACCUUCCAGCAGGCACCGACUGCGGCACACCAGCGUUUUCCAUCCAUCGCCAGCCGGAAUACUACCGCGAGCCGCUGGAGUAUAUUCCAGAGCGGUGGAUCGAAGGAACAACCUGCCAGUCAAACACAACAGGACUCUCUUGGACAUCAACCAAGACCGACGUCGAGAUUGGACGCCGCGCGUACUGCCCGUUCAGUCUGGGACCACGCGGGUGCAUUGGCAAGAGCAUGGCGCUGAUGGAGAUGCGCAUCACGCUGGCGAGGUUGAUGUUCCUGUUUGAUAUUGAAUUCGCCGACUCGGCGGGCGAGGACGCAGACGGGCAGUUUGCCAUGGUCGACCAUUUUGUGGUGGCCAAGAAGGGGCCGACUGUGAUAUUCCGCAAGCGACUGAUUGAGCUGAGCUACCUGAAAAUGUGGUCACCUCUAUACGUGACGCUGUUCCAGUCGACAAUCGUGAACGCCAUCUCAAACAUUCUGGCGCAGAUUAUCGACCAGUGGAACUCAGACGAGCCAUUCAGACUGAGCCUGCUCGCGCUCGUGCAGUUUGUGACGUACUGCAUCAUCAUCGUGCCCAUCAACUUCUACUGGCAGCGAUGGAUGGAAGCGCACUACCCUGGCUUCCCAACCUCGCUGCGCCGCUGGUUCUCGCGGUCUUCUUCUCCUUCGUCGCCUGGAGGAGCUCGUGCUGCUGCUGGUAGAGGAGGCAUUGAUAGUCAUCCAGUGCUAAUACCAAUUGAAGAACUGGCCGUCAAGGAAAAAAGCAUUGCCAGCGUACAAUCCUCGUCACACGCCUCGCGACUACCAGCCGCCAGUAAUAAUCAAAACGGCACGAAAAACUUUGUCAUUAAAUUCAUGCUCGACCAAACCGUGGGCUCCGUCGUCAACAUUUGGCUAUUCAUCGUGCUGAUCAACCUACUCAAGGGUGGUUCGUGGGCAUUUACGGCAACGCGUGUUCGCGAGGAUAUGCCGGGGAUUAUGAUUGCCAGGCUUAAAUAUCGGCCAGUCGUGGCGAGUCUGAUGUAUACGGUGAUUCCGGUGGAUCGCCGCGUGGUGUUUGGGAGUGCGUGUGGAGUGAUUUGGAGUGUUUAUUUGAGCUUGCACUCGCUGUCGAGAUGA